CAUGAGCGCUUAAUUUCCUUUUAUGAACAAUCCACAAUGUUGCAAUAUUAGCAGCACACUCAGGCUGUACUUUGCACUGUACCCCUUGCAAUUGCUUUGUUUACCGUGAAACUCGCGCGGCAGAACCCCCGCAAAUCCGAAGGCCUGAAGCUUGACACGAAAGAAUAACCAUCUUUCACUCGUACGAGGAUGGAUGCGGAGCUGCGGUGUAACCGACUGACGUGUCGCAAGACUCUCAUUGAUAAGGCGGUGGUGACAACAUGCUCGCAUAUUUUCUGCGUUGACUGUGCAAACGAAUUGUUCAAUGCCUCGCGGUUAUGUCCUGCUUGUGAAACAUCACUUACCGAACCAGACGACGUGGUUGUGUGCUCAUUACAUCCAACUAAUGACUACAAAACGUCUGUUCUUUCGGGCCUCAGUCCGUCCUUAAUCAUGGAAAUAUGCAGCCGGGCUCUAUCUUUUUGGCAGUAUCAGGUCCACCAAGAGAAUUCAUUCCAGCAAGCGGUCAUCCGCAACCUCAAUGAUAAGCAAGCACAGUUACAGAAGCAACUAGACAAUGUCAUCAGAGAAGCGAAUGGGGAAAUCAAUCUUCUUGGCAACAAGGUCGCAGAGUUGGAACGCGACAUGGAAGUGGAACGGCGGAAGGUCCACGAGCUACAAGAUUCUUCCAGAGAACGAGAGAAAGAGUAUCAAAAACUCAAGGCCCAAUACGACAAAGCCAAACGUAAAUCGUUACUUGCUCCGAGCACAGCCCCGACUGGACAGGGCGUCAGCGGUGUGAACAUGUUUGAUCGACCUCCUCAAGAAGACCAUAACAAAGGUAGAGCUGGCGUGGACAUCGGUGCAGUAAUCGGCGGAAUGGAUGCGAAUGGGGUACAGGAUCCAUACUUGCCAAUCUGACUUUGCUUAUUACAGCCUUAGAUACAAAGGACUCCGUUGGUUAAUCGCACCAUGGCUGGCCCUUUCGGACCUCAUCAAAGCGUCGCUUGGCCACAGGUCACUCGCCCUCAGCAGCGCACCAACGUGCAGCGACGACCUUUUGCUCUCAGCAACAACGAUCGUUCAUAUAGGACAAACUCCAUCUCGGAACGUUCCGAUAGCGCCAACGAAGUUGAAAACAUCCUCCUCCCACACUUAAAUCGUUCCAAGGUUCCUCCGCCAUCUGGUGGUUCGGGCGGGUCCGGUUGGGGUGGGGCAAGUUCAUCCGCUAGACCUCGGCCUGCCCAGCAGCAUCAGUUCAGUAGCAACCAGGCCGUUAAACAUGGAUUCAGACC